AUGAUCACUUCCAAAAUUUCAACUCAGAAGAAUUGAAAAGCCUUUGAGCCCUUGGAGGAGGUUCCUAGGGCUCCUUUGUGUAGCUCCCCCUUCCUCCAUUUGUGUAGCUCCCCCUUCCUCCAUGACAAGUUUCUCUCUUUGUAUAGUCCCCCGUCCUACCAGGCAUUUAUGGACAAUAAUGAUGUCCAGUCUGGAAUAUAUUAUUCCAUAAUGAUUCCAUAAUGCCAUUUUCUAUCAUGUGGAAAUCUCUAGCUAUAUUGGAACGAUCUUUAGAGGAUGCUCAUACCCUGCAUGAUUUAAACAAGUGUAAAACUGAAACAGCAAUGCUGAGCUCCCUUCCUGGUUUUAUCCCAGCAGAUCUAUCCUUUGUCUCAGACCACGGAAAGGACCAACAUGUUGAUCUUAUCUAUAAUUUGAGGACUGGGAAGAAGCAUGCCCUUUCGAAAUGUGAUUCUGAUUCUCUCUCUGGAGCGCCCCCAAAAUGUAAUUCCAAUGCUCUCUCGGGCUUUCCUUCUACAUCAUGCUCUCUCUCAUCUGUAUCCAGCUUCUCCACAAGUCCUAAACCCAGUAUGAGUAGUCACGUCUACAAGCGAAGGAAGCUUCCAAAGAAUUUUCCUACAGAUUUAUCAGAACAAUCAUCAAAGUGUUCCUCCAUGGAGAGCAUAUAUGAUAGUGAUUUAUGUUCUGAAAUGCUUACUUUGGAUGUAAAGAAGGAUGGUAUUCCAGAGCCUAAUAUCAGAGGUAGUCUUUUUGGGGUCAAAGCUAUUGAUCAGCCUCUACCAGUAUUUAGCAAUGAUCUGUCAUAUGGUACGUGGAAACUUGAUGAAAAGUUCAUUUCACAAUCUAAAAUUGAUAUUGGUGGAGAGAGGAGACAUGAUGAGGGAUUAAUGGUUUCAUCGGCUAGAAGACUGGAUCAAGACUUAUGCAUCAAUGGAAAUUCUCCUUACUCAAUUUUGGAUAGCGAUUUGGCUCCCACAGACCAUGAAGCAGCUGUGGCAGGAGAUUGCGUCUCUAAACUCAGAGGUCCUAGCAAUAUAGGGGGAUAUCGUACAACUAAUGAAGUGGUGAUUUCUACCUUGGAGAUCUAUGGCCUGUUGGGAGGGUUAAGGCUUGAUGAAGAAUGUGCUAGUACUGAAGUCUAUGGAUAUUUGAUGCAAUGCAAAAUAUGUGGGGGUGCAGAAAAUUCACUUAAAAUGUUGAUAUGUGACAUGUGUGAAGAAGCCUGUCAUGUGUCUUGUUGUAAUCACAGAGCCAAAAAGAUACCAGUUGAUGAUUGGUAUUGUCAAGAUUGUCUGAGAAAGAAGAGCAAGCCAAUGGUUAAAGUAAGCACCAUGAAUUCUGACAAGGAUUUGAAAGAAAACCACGAAAUUUGGAGAAAAGACAGCAAAUCCGAUGUUUUCUCAUCCAUGUUGCAAGAUACCGAACCGUAUGACACGCAGGUUCGAAUUGGGAGUGCUUUUCAAGCAGAUGUUCCUGAUUGGUCUGGUCCAAGUUUAGAUGACUCAGAUUACACAGGAGUACCACUGGACAUCAAAUAUGAUAGAAAUGACUUUCUUAAUACAUGGGAUCCUUGCCAGUCUUUUGCUCUGAUCCGUAUUGGGAAUUGGAUUCAAUGCCGUGAAGUUCUAUAUGAGGAUCUAGGGCAAUCCCGAGAUAAGCAAAAUUUGAAGGGUGUUGUUUGUGGAAAGUGGCGUAGGGCUCGUCUUUCCGAUGUUCAAACUGAUGAUUGGGAUUGCUCAUGUUCAGUUCUUUGGGACCCAUUACAUGCUGAUUGUGCUGUGCCUCAGGAGCUUCCAACAGACGAGAUCCUUGAGCAUCUGAAAUAUGUUAAAUCGCUGAACCUUAGGAUGGCUUCUAGAAAACAGAAACUCAAGCAGUGAGGAUCAAUGGACGUAUAAAAUUUUAAAGAGAGGUGAAAGGGGGUAUAGCGUUUUACUGGCUAGUCAAGAAUUCUUGUUGACAUGAAAGGUGAAAGAAAAGUGCAUCUUUGAGGUGGGUGAUGAAGAUGGUCUGCCAUGAUGCAUGCAUAUAACCUAGUUUUUGUAUCUAUUUUUUGGGAGGAAGGAUUUUGCAGGGAAACACCAACAAAGAGAUGAGCUUUUGUACGUGCGAAGAUUGCAUCCUUUAAUUUUGUGUUCAUCUCAAUUGCAAUUGAUUGUAUCACAAGGGGAAGAAAAUGAAUUUUGGGAUAUUGCUUCGGCAGUCCUAGGCCUAACCAUGACAUAGAAGUUGAUGCGGCUUAGUUCACAUGAGCAACCUCUUUUUUGUCGUUGAAUUACUUUGGAGUCUGGGCCCAAAGGAUGUGCUUGUACUAACAUGUAUUUGUAUUUUUUUUUUUUUGUAAAAUCAUUCAUCAGAGAAAAAUCUUAGUUUGAUAUGUAUUGGUUGAUAUAGAGGAUAAUUACAAUAAAAAUAUUUUGUACA